AUGAGCCACCAAAUAACCGGGAAUAAUAAUAAGGUUGGGGGCGGUGGGUCCCAAUCUGGUUACUCGUGUCCGGAUUGGUUUCUUCGUACGUUUUUGCUCUUGCCCCCUGAACCAAUUGCCGCCCCCUUGAAUGAAAUGACAGCGUUGCCGCUAGACCUCUGUUUCGUGCCCUUUGACACCGUUGUGGACACGGCCUUUUGGCAUGUACUUUCAAGAAAGAAACUCGAGGAUUAUCGACUGCAGGAGGGGCCUUUCCCGAUGUCCGGAGAAUUCACUAACGGCACUCCCCUUGGCACUGCUCCACGAAUCAGCAUCGAUCAUGCCAGUCUGAAUUAG